AGCCACGUGAGAGGAAUGUUUCUCUGUGAUUGGUUGGAGCGGGAUUUCAAACCGGAGCUGGCGGCGCGGUUCCUCUCUGUCGUUGGGCGAGGCGCAGAGGGAAGUGGAAGUUAGCCCAGGUGGGCCCCGUCCGACCCCGCGAAGUGAACGCUGGGGGCUCUGAGACGAGGGGCAUCUGGUGCUGGAUUGUGGCAGGAAAGGGUGGCUCCGACGCGGAAGAUGGAUACUAUGAUGCUGAAUUUGCGGAGUCUAUUUGAGCAGCUUGUGCGCCGGGUGGAGAUUCUCAGUGAAGGAAAUGAACUCCAAUUCAUCCAGUUGGCAAAGGACUUUGAGGAUUUCCGUAAGAAGUGGCAGAGAACAGACCAUGAGCUGGGGAAAUUCAAGGAUCUUUUGAUGAAAGCGGAAACUGAGCGUAGCGCUCUGGAUGUUAAGCUGAAGCAUGCACGUAAUCAAGUGGAUGUAGAGAUCAAACGGAGACAGCGGGCUGAGGCUGACUGUGAGAAGCUGGAACGACAGAUUCAGCUGAUUCGAGAGAUGCUCAUGUGUGACACAUCUGGCAGUAUUCAACUAAGCGAGGAGCAAAAAUCAGCUCUGGCUUUUCUCAAUAGAGGCCAACCAACCAGUGGCAGUGCUGGGAACAAAAGACUGUCAACCAUUGAUGAAUCUGGUUCCCUUUUAUCAGAUAUCAGCUUUGAUAAGACUGACGAAUCUCUGGAUUGGGAUUCUUCUUUGGUGAAGAACUUCAAACUGAAGAAAAGACAAAAAAGGCGUUCUACUAGCCAACAAUUUGUUGAUGGACCCCCUGGGCCUGUAAAGAAAACUCGUUCCAUUGGCUCCACAGUAGACCAGGGGAAUGAAUCCAUAGUUGCAAAAACUACAGUGACUGUUCCCAAUGAUGGUGGGCCCAUUGAAGCUGUGUCCACUAUUGAGACUGUGCCAUAUUUGACCAGGAGCCGAAGGAAAACAGGCACUUUAGAACCUUGGAACAGUGACUCCACCCUGAACAGCAGGCCACUGGAGCCAAGAGAGACCGGCACCUCAAGCACGCCACAGAGUAAUGGAGGGAUGCGUCUGCAUGAUUUUGUCUCCAAGACGGUUAUUAAACCUGAAUCCUGUGUUCCAUGUGGAAAGCGGAUAAAAUUUGGCAAGUUGUCUCUAAAGUGUCGAGACUGUCGUGUGGUCUCUCAUCCAGAAUGUCGAGAACGCUGUCCCCUUCCCUGCAUUCCUACUCUGACAGGAACACCUGUCAGAAUUGGAGAGGGAAUGCUGGCUGAUUUUGUGUCCCAGACUUCUCCAAUGAUCCCUUCCAUUGUUGUGCACUGUGUAAAUGAGAUUGAGCAGAGAGGCCUGACGGAGACAGGCUUAUAUAGGAUCUCAGGCUGUGACCGGACAGUAAAAGAGCUGAAAGAGAAAUUCCUCAGAGUGAAAACUGUACCCCUCCUCAGCAAAGUAGAUGAUAUCCAUGCCGUCUGCAGCCUCCUGAAAGACUUCCUUCGAAACCUCAAAGAACCCCUGCUGACCUUUCGGUUAAACAAAGCCUUUAUGGAAGCAGCAGAAAUCACAGAUGAAGACAACAGCAUAGCUGCCAUGUACCAGGCUGUUGGUGAAUUGCCCCAGGCCAAUAGGGACACAUUAGCCUUCCUUAUGAUUCACUUGCAAAGAGUGGCUCAGAGUCCAAGCACUAAAAUGGAUAUUUCCAAUCUGGCUAAAGUCUUUGGCCCUACCAUAGUCGCCCAUGCUGUGCCAAAUCCAGACCCAAUGACAAUGCUACAGGACAUCAAGCGUCAACCCAAGGUGGUAGAGCGCCUGCUUUUAUUGCCCCUGGAAUACUGGAGUCAGUUCAUGAUUGUGGAACAAGAGAACAUUGACCCCCUGCAGGUCAUUGAAAACUCAAAUGCAUUUUCAACACCACAGACACCAGACGUUAAAGUGAGCUUAUUGGGGCCUGUGACCACUCCUGAGCACCAGCUUCUCAAGACUCCUUCUUCAAGCUCCCUGUCUCAGAGAGUUCGCUCUACCCUUGCCAGGAACACCCCGAGGUUCGGGAGCAAAACCAAGUCUGCCACCAACCUAGGACGACAAGGCAACUUUUUUGCUUCUCCAAUGCUCAAGUAAAGAAAGCCAUGCCUGCCUGUUUCUUCCCAGCAUUUACCAACUGCAAGAAGGGGCACCCUGCUCUGAAGCCUUCUCUACUCAUUACUACUUUUAGCAUUCUUCAGGCUUUUAAUUAAGUUUAAUUGUGCAUGAGGGUUUUAUUAAAACUAUGUAUAUGUAUAUAUCCCUUUUUUUCUUCUCCAGUAAUAUAAUAUUAGCACCUUGUGCUGGUUGUCAUUUGGCGCUUUUAGGUUGGAGAUUUUUAUAUAAUAGAGGGGUAAUGUGGAAUUUGUCCUGGUUCUUUUUGGGGUGGAGGGCAUCCCUUUGGCCUAAAGCCAAAUGCUGCUCGUGGAAUGACUUUUGUGUCACUGAGAAGUAAUUUUCAUGAGACAAUGACAAAUUCUCCUUCUUUGUUAAGACUGACUUGUCUCAGGGUGGGAAGUGGGAGGGCAGGUAAAGAGGGUUAAGAAAGGAUUUAAGAGAUUAGUGUGGCUCAGGAUUUCCCUUUCCCAUUAUGGAUUGAGCUAAAUAGUGUGGAGCCUUCCAGAACUAGUGAUGAGGUGUGCUUAGCUUUAAUUUGGUUUGAUUAGGUCAUACUAGUAUAAAAUGGUACAGCCUUGUAAAUGUGGUACUCCAACUAGUGUUUAACCGCUGUUGGACCUUUGGCUGGACUUUUGGGUUGAUUGGUGUCAAAGCUAUUUUGUUCUUCAAACUUGAAUUCAUUCUGAUGAUUGACCUCCCACUCCUUGUCCAGCUGAGCCCUGUUUCUAAAGGUCAGUAUGCUGUCUGUGUGGCAUCUCACUAACAAUUAAGGGUAGCUGUAGAGGAAGAUUAUCAGUAUUUCACGUGGCAAGAAAAGUCAGUCAUUUUUGUCUUUGCACUUUGGAUGCUGAAAUUUUUCUGUGGAACCUAGCCACGGCUAUGAUUAAUGUGAGCAUCUUCUGUUAAAAUUAUUCCUAAUGUCUGUAAAAAUGUUUUUCUAAUAUAGACUGUUUCUGACUCAAAUUAACCCUGUCUGUAAGACAUUUAUUUAGAGUAAUAUUUG